AUGUCAUGUGGAACGUUUAAAGAUUAUGGUGAACGAUGGAUAUCUUACAUAUUCAUAGAUAACGCUAUUGUGAUAAAUAUGUUGAAAGACGAAUUAAAAAGAGUGCAAAUCUUCGAUCUAGAAGCAAAAAAAAAGAAUGGCUCGGCGAUCACAAAAACCGAAUCAUCGAGUUUCCACGCCAAAUCAUCAAUUGCCAUUCGGUCUUACUCAAAAUUCAAUAAAGAUUAUUUCCUUUGUAAUAAGUUUAUUGAAUAUAAAUUAAGACAAGUUUCUCAAACUGAAUAUGUUACAUUUUCUGAGAUUGAGUAUCUUAAUCCGCAAUCCUAA